UCACAUGCACUGACCCCCUUUUUGAGACAUGAAGGACAAGCAACAAGUUCCCUCUCUCUCUGUCUAUUCUGGAGAGGAGACAACAGUGCGGUUGGUCAACUUCGACAUUUCAUGGCCACACCACUUCAUUCUGGUGCAUUUUAAAGGUCUGUUUUGGUCUUCAUUUGGUUUCAGUUUAUUUGGUUUUGCAAGCCUCAGCUCAUCAUGCUGAAAACAAUGUACCGGCACGCAAAGAAGCAUCCAGGACUUAUCCCUCAGUUUUUCUUUAUGAUUCUGGGUAUGGGUGGAGCAUCUCUCUACCUGAUCCGGCUGGCACAAGGACCUCAUGUCAGCUGGGACAGGAAGAAUAACCCAGAGCCGUGGAACAAGCUCAGUCCCACCUAUCAGUACAAGUUGGUGGCCGUCACUACAGACUACGAAAAGCUGAAGAAGGAAGGGCCUGACUUUUAAAGGUCCUCUCUGUGACUCUGGGGGCACAUACAAACACACACACACAUCUUCUGUGUUAUCACUUACCAUCUCAAAUCCCCGUCUUCCUGAAUCCCUUCCUUAAGACAACUGCGACUGCAAGCCUCUCCAAUCUAUAUCCAGUCUUACAGAGAGCAGAAUACAGAAUAUUAAAGUAAUAUUUCCACAACAGCAGAAACAUAUUCAACAUGCCAGACACACUUAGAGAAAGCAUGUAUAAAAUUAUAGCUGGAGGAUAUUUUUCAAAGAACAAAUAGACAAUUUUCUGUACUUAGAAGUUUGCAGCAGGUCAUAUAUAAUCCAAAAACGAGAAGUGCAUAACAACGUUACUGCGCGCUAUGAUGAAGUGCUGUUUACCAUUGUAAACAACCAUAAACAAAGACCUACCUACCAACAACAACACAAAGCAUGCUUAAGGUAUGUAAGAAUGGCCAAUAAUAAUGAAUUUGACUAAAGAUAUCACAAAAAACUGUAGCACAAAGGUGAAGAGUAUUAAACUAAAUUAUACACAGUAGUCUGUAAGUAAUUGGACGAUGACCGUUUUUGUUAUUUUGGCUUUUUGCAUCCAGCACAGUACUUCUCACAGUGGAAAGAUGAACAGAAAUGUGACUUUUUUUAGGAUCUGAAGCAGGAGUGGACCUUGAUUUUCUCCUCUCACUCAAACAUGAAUGCUUUUAGUACUAUUUAAGUGAAUGGGACAUCAUAUGAGUUCCACUUUAACUGUAUUUUUAAAUCAUUUUUUGCUCUCCUGUUGUAGAACCUCCUGUUAUUUCAUCGAUUUGCCUUUGGCUCUUCUUACAGUACCCUCCACAAAUAUUGACACACCUGGUAAAUGUGAGCAAAACCAUUUUAUCUUUCAUCAAAAUAUGAACAAAAAUCUAACCUAUAUUUGAAGUGCAUUGAUUUGAAAGAAAAUCCCAAAUCUUAUGAUGUAGUAAAUAUUUAAGUAUAAACAGAUGCCACCUACAUUUGUUAUGGUGGUGUAGGUAACUUAUGGUUACUUACAUAACCAGAAGUUGUUUAGGAGUGUUGCCAGAUCCCUCAAAACUCAAGCACCUACAGUUUGCCAAACUUUACUCGGACACUAAUAGGACUGUGUAAAAAAUAUAGCUUUUUGUCAACAAAUACUGGAGGUGGCCAUGCAAAAAAGCCAUGCAAAAAAGUACCUCAUCCCCACUGUGAAUCAUGGUGAUGAAUCUAUGAUGUUGUUGGGCUGUUUUUCUUCUAAAGGCCCAAGACAGCUUGGUCAGAUACAUGGUAUCAUGGACUCCAUUAAGUAAAAGUAGAUAACAAAUUAAAACCUGACUGUCUCAGCCAGGAACCUCAAUUUAAAGUGGGCCACUGGAAAUAUGGAAACUAAGCUGCAAAAACAGUAUAACGUAUUGAAUUCACUAUGUUUAUGAUGUCACAAACACGAAUGCAUUUACAUAAAUCAACCUAUUCAGCCUACAGCGGUUUAGCUCUGCCCAUUAAUGCUGACAUUACAAGGAGUGUUUCA